UUGUUUCUGCCUUCGUAAUCGUUGAAAUUCAAAAUAAGAAAUAAGAUAUAAAUAAUGGAAGUUUUGAGAAUAGCUUUAUUCAUUUCAAUCUCAGCGAGUUCAGCAUUAUCAAAAAUAGAUCCAGGAGAACUUAAAUGUCUGGUGUGUGAACAAAGUAUCAAUGAAAUGAAAAAAGCAGUGAAUUUGCUGGAUCCAUCCAAAAAAAUUGAUGUCGGCGGAUAUCAUUUAGAUGCUGAAGGAAAUUACAGAUCAACCAAAGUAAUAUCUGCGGCACAUUCAGAAAUUCUGUUAUCAGAAAUAAUGGACCAAAUAUGUGAUAAAAUGGAAAAUUAUGUCAGGGCAACCUGGAAAAGCAAUGGUACUUUAACUCUUCUGAACCUUUUGGACCCUUCAGGUGGUAUGAAUUCCAAAAUGUCAGAAGUCGAUAUUAUUCAAGAUGAUGAUCUUAAUAAGAGUCUACAGUACUAUUGUACCUCUAUCAUGGAAGAAAACGAGGAUGAUGUAAUAAAAUAUUUUCAAGAAGGUCAAGAUGGAUUUGUUUGUUCGAAAAUAGGACUGUGCAAAGCAAACCAUUUCGUGAAAGAAGAUUUAUAGCAUUUCAAGAAAUGAUCCUACACUAUUAAAAUUGUCUCAAACAUUCCUUCAAUUAAUGUUUUGAUUGAAACCACAAUAAUUAGGAAAAUAAAGGAUGUUCAAUCAA